AUGAUGUCACCAGCACUCCUCUUCGCUUCUGUUCUCGUUCCAGCGCUGGCAGCGUACGUCUGUUUGCUGCUCCUCUGGUCUCAAUCUCCCGCAUCUCCCUGCCAUGGCCUCGAACCUCCUGUCAUCAUAUCGCACCGAGGGUACAAGCGCGGCAUGUUUUCGAGCUCGAGGCAAUCUAUCGAAGCGCUGCAGCAGCAAGGCGUCUGUCGGUUUGACCUCGAUGUGAGCAGGGCUAGCGAGGGAGAGCUCUACAUAGGCCACCCGACAGAGAUGAAGAAAAUCCUUGCAGUCUCUGAACUCGAGCUGCAGGACUUGACUAUGGCUCAGAUUCAGCGAGCAAGCAACGGGUCCGUUGUUCCUCUCUCAGAGGCUGUCAAGCUCGUGCUCGGCUCCCCGUGCCCUGCCUCAGUGGACAUGAUCAGGCUUCCUCUCCGCCUCUUGCUGGAGCCUAAGGGCAACGCAGUUACCCAGGACGCAUUGCACAAGCUGGUGGCUGUGCUCGCAGAGAUCUCGCCCCCUCCUGCCCCUGGCUCUGUCGGCAUCUGGUUGCAAGACAGCAAGCUUGCCAAAGAGACGAGUGACGAUUUGCGGCAGAAAGGUUUGAAGGGAGUUCUGUUUCUGUACUCCCUCAAGAACCAGUCACCCCCCAACUCCUCCUCCCCGCCCACGUCGUCAUCGAUCCGACAAGAUUUCCCAUGGGAUGGUGUCGGGCCUGCGUCUUCGCUUCUCAACCCUGCGAUGGCCGAGGAGGCGAGCAAGACAGGACAGAUGAUCGUCAGCUGGACAGUGGACGAGGUGGAGGAGGCAUGCAGAUGCCUGCGGAGCAACGCGAGUGCGAUAGUGAGCAACGAGCCCAAUGCCAUCAUGAGCCAGUGGUGCAAGAUGAGCGCGUCCUCGCCCGUGUGCCAAGAGCAUGAAAGGCUCAAAGGGGAGGAACAGAGAGGGUAA